AUGGUCAACGGUGAAGGCUGCAAUGAGUUCGUUUGUGGUUCUGUGGUCUCCAAGUGCCUGUUGACGCAAAGUUGUCAGUGCAAGCUAUCCGAUUGCUACUGUUGCAAGGACUGUCUUAAUUGUUUGGGGGACUUGUACACGGAGUGCUGCGGCUGCCUGGACAUGUGUCCCAAGCACAAUGAUACUCUAAGUGCCCUGGCGCCCAAGUCACAAAUUGGCGAUUUUGAGGGUGUUCCCGAAUACUUUGAAGCCCUGACCGCAGAGGACGACGAAAGUCAAUGGACCACUGUUCGCUUCCCCAUGCGCAACAGUCUGCAGCGGCACUAUAACAUGGCCACGGGGGCAUUUGGUUUUGGCUCGCCGCACGGAGAUCUAUUUGAGCGUGAAAGCUCGUUGGCUAAAGCGAUACCCACAACGGUCAAUUGCACUGUGAUAUUCUUGAAUUAUUGCACGAACAAUAAGAAAUGUGCGGAUUACUGUGAGAGUAUGGGUUCGAACAGCUAUCGUUGGUUCCACGAUGGCUGCUGCGAGUGCGUUGGAGCCAAUUGCUUCAACUAUGGCAUCAAUGAGAGCCGUUGUUCCGCCUGUCCAGAGGAUGAAGAUGACGACGAAAUGUUUGACGUUGACAGCAUGGAUGAUGCUGCUGAUUAUGCGGGAGAGAAUGAGGAUAGCAUACCAUGGGAUUAUGGCGAAGAUGAAAUGAAUUAUAAUUAA